AAAAUGUUUAAUAAAUAGUGGAAGCUCAAAAUUUAAUUUAAUUUACAUUGAUUGUAUUUAAAUUCGUUCCACAAAAAUUUCAUAACAAUUCGAAAUUCCAAACGAUAAACCAUCAAAAUGCAGUUUAAGUAAGGUACAAUUGGCCCUAAAGUAGUCCGCGCUACAUAGGAUGUCUUGAUACUCUACUAGUCUCGUUUUGAAAAUAGUUUUAGCGCUUGAUUUAAAAGUCGCACACGUUGAGCAGCAGCAACAUCUUGGGCAGCAUACGGUCGGUUAAAAAUAGGACUGCUUCGAGAGAACUUACAAGCUUCGGAUCUGAAGAUGUCGUUCAGUCGUGCCCGAUGAUGCACGCGCGCGUUCUCGGAACGCGGUUACACGUGUUUUCCUCGGAACGGAAAAUUCUGGACUCUUUUUUCCACGGCGAAUAGCACUGACAAUGUCAUCGGCCGGUGCGUCUGUGACAAUUUUUAGUUUUGCUCGCGAGUGAAUCUUUCAGUGAAGAUGCUGCUGUGAUAUUUUUAGAGUUCUGUGAUGAUAUUUAUUAAUAACUUAAUAAUUCAUAGUUCAAAAAUAUUAAUGACGACAGUGAGAUUACGUACAGUAAACCAAUAAGCGAUCAAAGAAGUACUCUGCAUGUCGCAUCGUUAAAAAUUUCUACAAAUAGGUGCUCCAUUAUAGUUUAAAAAUGUCGCAAUUGCUGAGUGAAAAGAUCACAACCGAGACUCUUCGUAAGAUCGCGUCAAAUGAGGAGUACGACGAGAAGGAAAUUCUCUGUGUGGCCGAGUACUUGGUGGAGCUUUACGAGUACGAUUUUGAACGUCAGUUUGGUCUCAUAACAACCGAAGAUCCGUCCAAGAGUUACGCGUUCGACAAGCUGAAAGAUAUAGAUGCCAAAGAGGAACCAUUUUUUAUUAUAUACAAUAAAGGUGUCAAGCACUGGGUAUGUCUUGCUAUCACGUAUUUGCACAAUUCGGUGGUUGUGCUUUACAAAGACUCAUUUGGAGUUCAAAUACCGCAUAACUUGAGGGACGCUAUUGGAGAUUGUUUGAAGAGUGAAAAAAUAAGGUUUGACAGCCACAGAGGAACGGAGCAGAGCGAUGCAAGUAGUUCUGGACCUAUUUGUCUCAGGAAUCUUCAGGUGCUGCUCAAGGGCUUGAAGUCGGAUUUUAUCAAGGUUCCGCUGAUAGAGAAGUUUCAAAAAGUACGGUUUUGCACUCAGUACGGAGUGCAAAACGUCAAGCGCGAAUUCCGAUUGUGGCUGCAAAAGUACCUCCUGUCCGGUUUAGAAGAAGUUGCUACCGAACUUGUGGAAGACGAGAAUUACGGGGACUUUAAGAAAAUUUUGGAAUCGUUUUUGGAAACGUGCUCGAAAGUGUUGAAGGAAACCUACAUGCUGUCAAGUACCUACACGUCGCUGUUGAAAUCUGAAGCUAAGAAAAAAGAUCAGGAUCCAAGAUAUGAACCCGAUCACAAGACGAUAAAAGCUUUGAAAGAUGCGAAGGAAAAAUUUUAUAAAAAUUCGGAAGUGCAGAGAAGUCUUAAAUUUAAUAAGGAUGAUUUUAUUGAUAUCGAGGAUGGAUACAGAGUAUACAACUUGGAUAUACAGGAGAGGUAUCCAGAGCAAAUGCAGAAGUUUACAAAAAUCUUUGCAGUUCUGGCUCAAGCUGAGAUGAACGAGGAACUGGAAAUAGCCCUAAAAAAAGUCAGUCAAAUGUUGGGUUUGGACUACGAGAAAAUUAGGGUGUAUUUCGAUCAGCAGAAAACUGCAAGAAGACUAGAAUUCAUGAGAGGUGAUUUCACCCCACCGAAUGUUAUCGCUGGUCUUGAAAAAGCUGUAGAAGUAAUGAAAUCCAAAUCUAAGUCAGUAAAGGAUUCAGUUAAAGUUGAUUCCCAAGAUAAGAAGAUCAAAAGCUGGGAUCUUCUUCUUUCCGAACUAGUCUUAGAUGCACAAAUUCCAAAUGACGAUUCGACAACAGCCGAUGAACUAGAGGCUCAGGUUAAAGAGAUUCGUGAGAGCCUUCCUAGAAUACAGCAGCACUAUUCUAGUUGGUCAAGUCAAGGGAUUGCGGAAAUCAGCAUGUUCGCAAAUGCUUGCAAAGCUGAAGAGAAGAUCUUUGAGACUGACCAGAUUUAUGAAGCGAUCGCAGUACUAGACAGAGCUAACGAAUUGGCAACUGGUGGGCAGAGGCUCAGAGCACCGCAAAUACUUUCUGUUCUGGUUUUCCUAAAGUCCACUGCUUCUUAUCAUGGUAAAUUGUGCCAGAUUGAAAGUGGCGAAGGUAAAACGGUGAUCGUUUCGCUCCUUGCGACAAUGAUGAUUUUGCAAGGCGAAAAGACUGUUGACGUUAUCACGAGUAAUGCGGUGUUAGCGCAAGAGGGCAUCGAGAGCAGAAAAUUAUUCUAUGCAUUGUUUGGUAUUAGCGUUUCAACAAAUGCACCUGAUAAAACUUACGCCCAGGGCCCAAGAAAAUGUUACCUCGCCGAUGUUGUGUACGGCAGCAUCAGUGACUUUCAGUUCGAUUAUCUAAGAGAUACUGCGGAAGGAUUGGGUACCCUAAGUGGUCGACAAUUUGGUCGAGUGAUUUUAGAUGAAGUAGACAACAUGCUGGUCGACAAUGGCCGACACAUCGCGAAGAUAUCCUCCCCUUUUCCAGGAAUGGAGAAUUUGAAGUAUAUUUAUUUAAGGAUUUGGAGCGAAUUACUAAACGUGGAGUAUGAACUUAUGGAGGACUUUCAAGAAAAACUGAACGGAUUUUCAAACUUGAAAAGCGCAAAGGAAAUGGCAAUAACAGAAUUUAUUAAAAUCUUUGACGCAUCGAUGAUUGGACGUAUGGAAGAGCGAAUCAAGGCAAACCUUAAAGAUCUGGAUUUAAAAUUUGCCCCCACGCAUUGUCUCAAUUACGCUGACAUUAUGGUACCGAAAUGGAUAGGUAACGCUAUUCGCGCUCGAUACUUCAUCAAUGAAAAUGAGCAAUACUCUAUCAAGGAAACUAAUGGUGAGUAUGCGAUCAUACCUGUUGACUACAGCAAUACAGGUGUGACUUUGAAGAACACGGUCUGGUCCUAUGGUCUUCAUCAGUUUGUCCAAAUCAAACACAAUCUGCGUAUUACUCCUGAAAGUUUGACCAGCAGCUGUGUCUCUAAUUACGCCUACAUCGGAAAGUACGGAAACAAAAUUUUUGGGUUGACGGGAACGCUAGGAUCUAAAGCUGAACAGGAUCUAUUAUCAUCGAUUUAUAAUGUUGAUUACGCAAGAGUACCCACGUACAAGACUAAGGUAUUCAAGGAGCUAAAAGGAGUUGUGGUACCCGACGAAGAAUGGAGUUUCGAAGUGGCUUUGUUGACUAUGGGAAUGAUUCGUUCUACAGGGCGAGCAGUAUUGAUAAUCUGUAAGACUAUCGCGGACCUUCUCGUGCUAGAGGAGCAGUUCAAAUCUAUGGAGGAACUUCCAUGGGACUGUAAAAUCCAGUUGAAGAAAUUCCAGGAUGAGGAAACCGCAGAUGUGACUCGUGAAACAGUUUCUCCAGGCGACGUAAUUAUAGCCACGAACAUAGCUGGUCGUGGUGCAGAUUUCAAAACAUCGAAAGAGUUGGAGAAAAAUGGUGGAUUGCACGUAUGUGUAGGCUUUUGUCCUGAUAAUGAGCGAGUUAGAGAACAAGCAUUUUUCAGAACCUCUAGACAGGGAAAUGCUGGCUCGGCGCAGCUGGUUGUUCGCGAAAGCGAAAUCAAGAGAUUGAAUAUCGAUACAACUAAUCUGAACGAUAUUGAUUUUGAUGAGGUAAAAAGAAGGAUCGACAUUAUUGAAAGAGAGAGGCUGAGUGAUAUAAAAUAUUCAAAAGUCGACGUACUGAGAUAUGAAGACGCGGUUUUCAGUUUAUUCUCAGAUUUUUGUCAGGAGCUGAAAAACAGCAACGUUAUAACCUGGGGACAUUCAUAUUUGAUGAAAGAUCUUAAAGAAUUCUGGGCAUUUUGGUUGGAGGAUCAGAACUUUGAGGGGAAAAAAUACUCUUUGAAAGAAGCUAGUUUUAUUUUUUACAAAUUCAAGAAUCACGACAAGACGAGAAGAAUUGUUGACGGCAGCAUAUCCCAAAAUCCCUAUUACGGAGUGUUGCAGGCAGAUUUCUUUUUGAAAAAUGACGAGGUUGAAAAAGCAAAGGCUUCCUUGAUCAACGCUAUUUGUCUCAGUAAGAAAGCAAAUGUCAUGUUCCCAGCAUUCUUGACGCUCUUUGAUUCAACGCUUGAAGAGAAAGGUCCAUUACUUCCAAGAUUUCGAAAUUUCCUUGCUAAAGUGUUCGCAUCUGAAGUACACAAUGAUGAAAGAACUGCAAGUUUCGUUACUGAAAUUCUGGAAUAUUUAACCAUCUCUUUGGCGGGUCUUAGCGAAGAAAUAACCUUUAUGGAAAAUCAUUAUUUUAACGACGACGACAAUGAUGACUUCAAACGUGUACUUAUUAAACCUGCGAAGGGCAAAGAAAAUUUAUUAGUAAAACAUCUAGCAGCCAAACUGACUUGCUUAAAAGUUUAUCGAGGCAACGUUGAAAUUCUUCUCGAGGUUCUAGAAGGAAGCGAUACUCAUAGUAUAUGUAUCAGUAAAAGAAUCACUGAUUACUUGAAAAACUUCAAGCCAGAUACGAAGGAGGAAAAACAGACCAAGGAUCUGAUUACUGAUGCUGAAUUGACCGAGUUGGGUUCCAAAGGUUUAAAAACAGUUUAUGGCCUCAAGAAAAUCGCAAAAGUUUCUGAUUCUGAGUUAGAGAAAGCCAAAUCUCAGAUACUCGGGGGAUUAGCGCUGAUAGCGCGAGCCACUGCCUUUCCACCUUUAACGUUUGCUGUUGCCAACGUUGUCAGUUGUAUGGUCGCCGAGGCGAUAGCUUCAGUCGUCCUUGCUUUAUUCAAAGAGACAAACAACAUAGACGAUAUCUUGCUCAAAGCAGAAUAUCUUAAAGGUAAAUCGUUGAACUACAUCGUUAGUUUAAUGGCAUCUGGGACAUUGAGCUACGACGUCUGUAUCAAAGUAUUCCUGCGUAUGAUCAGAUGUUACAGAGAAUCCUACUACUUACUAGAACAUUCGAGCGAUAACAGCAGACUCCUUAAAUCCGUCAAUUCCACGCAGAUAUCGAAGGACGUAAAAGCCGUUGAGAAUUAUGGAGAAUAUGGAACAGCUGGUUGGACUAAGAAGAUUCGGGUUCCAGAGGCAAUGGCUACAUAUUUCUUCGAGAGUGAAGUUGGAAAUACAAUUAUUGCUUCGCUUGUUGACUUUAUUGUAGAUAAGCAAUCCAACGGGCCAGAAAAUGCUAAUGGAGUCAAAGAUAAAACAAAGCCUGACAAAUCUUCUAAAAAAACGAGCUUUUUCCAACCUGCUAACAACUCACAAAACAUUUCAAAAAUUGAGUCAUACUUGUCAUCUGUAUUACCCAAAAGAUUUGGUGGUGCCUACGAAGAAGUGCGUAAUCAAUUUCCAAACGGCGAAGGCUUUGUAGUGGUAAAUUUAGUGCCUUCUGAAAUAUGCUAUAAAGACACUCCAUACUCCGCGAUACCCAGAUCCCGGAUUCCGGCGAUAGUCAUGCUAGAUAGAGAUUAUAGAGGAUUACAAAAAUUACGUUUCAAUGCUGGAAAUGAAAUCGAAAUCGAGAAGAAGAAGAAAAAGAGCUCCAAGGAGUACUGCAAAAUGCAACAAGAACUUUUGGAAAAAGGAGAAUUUUGGAUGGCGCUGAGGAACGAAGUUGCGGAAAUACUGGCUGUUUCUAAAUUUUACGAGCUUAAUGUACAAGACUUCGUGAAUUACACUAUGUCUAUUAUUCAGAUGUUACAGUAUUGCAAGGAUGAGAGUAUUCCUGAUGUGCCAAAUGGUCAUUUAAUAAAUUCAGAGCAAUACUGUAAUAUCCUAAAACAUUUCAAAUUAAAACACGAAGCUUUCUAAAUGUGAAAAUUUAUUACAAAUUACUUGAAACUUGUACAUAAUUUAUAGAUGUGUGUAUUGUAAAUAUUUUCGAGUAAGCAUCAUUUACUAUUCAAUAUACGUGUAGAAUGAAUAAAUAAUUUUUAUAUAUAAAGCAGUGAAAGAAGUAUCUUUAAUAUGUAUUUACUAUCAAAGUUUGUAACAAAAUAACAUGGCAUUUAAAUAUUUUGUCACAAGCACGUCAGGAACUAGCAAUCAUUUCUUCUCCAUGUCGCAAAGGCACAAGGACUUGAGCCACUCAGCUAAUUUUUGCUCUAUCUUUCGUAUAGUUGCUCUUUAAGAAUAUUCGUCAGCUUCGACGUAAAAGGUUUCUUUUACUUCGAUUUUGCGCAUGUCUUUCUUUAAUAAUUGGUUUGGCUCUUUGUACUCUGAUCACCACUCAUUGUCAGUGACUUUCUGUGUAUUGCUUCUUCUCCAGAAUUUUUCGGGUAUUGGUACCCUGCUCUAUUAUGUUAUCUAGCAAGCUAUAGA